GCUCACCAAUAAAGCGCUUUUUGUCCAGGGAGUCAGCACUUGAGCGGAUUCCUUGACGUGGAGGUUGGUGUACCUCUCCAAGGAUUUGAUGAAGACCGAUCGUUGCAACUUUAACACGUUAACAGAAACUUUUUUUUUGAGGGAGCGCACACGGAGAGAAACUACAGGCUGUGGAGUUCUAUCUGUACACUACUACACCGGGAUAACAAGACGCAAGAGCCACUGCGCUCACAAGUUCACUCCAACGAAGCCAAGGGGAGAGAAGACCUGAAACUGAGAAAAGUGGAGUAAAAGUAGAAGAACCUUCUUCACUGGGCCAAGCAGGGAGGGAGAAAGAGACUGCACCAUGAAGAUCUUUCUCACUCCGCUGAUGCCCUUCCUCCUCUUCCUCCUCCAUCUGGAUGGCACCUGCUCCAGCGACUGCCCAAGGGACUGCUCCUGUUCCACACCAGAGUCCAUCUUGUGUUUCCAGAGACGCUCGUCUACCAUUCCUAAGGGAGUUCCACCACCCACAAAGAGCCUCUACCUUUUUGCCAAUGGCAUUGAAGGCCUGACCACAGAGGACUUUGAUGGUCUGGAGAAAUUGGAAAUGCUGGAUCUCAGUCAAAACAAACUGACAGAACUUCCUGAUAAGGUGUUUGAGCCUUUGACCUCUUUGAGAAACCUGGACUUGUCAUCCAAUCAGAUCAGCUACAUAUCAGAGGAAUGUUUCCAAGGUUUGGCACUGCUUGAGCGUCUUUACUUGUAUAGUAAUCAUAUAAAGACCAUUCAUCCCGCUGCCUUUGAUGGCUUGGAGCACCUUCUGGAACUAAAACUGCAGGGCAACCAGCUGACAUCUCUGCCUGCCCUUUCAAUGCCAAGACUGCUGCUACUGGAUCUUCGCUUUAAUGUCUUGCCAAACCUUGGCCCCUCAGACCUCCAGAUGCCAAACCUGGAGUCACUCAAACUUGGAGGGGUGGGGCUCACCGGCCUGAAUAAGGAGCUGAUCGGAAAUUUGAAAAACCUGCAUGAGCUGGACAUUUCUGGAAACCAACUUGAGACCUUUCCUCCAGUGCUAAAAGAGACUCCGGGACUGAUUCACCUCAGCCUUGCCGGGAACCCGAUGGGUCCUCUGAAGGUUCAAGACCUGCAAAACCUUGGUGAGUUGCAGGAGUUGGAUAUAAGCAGCCUCAGCUUGCAGGGCCUUCCUGAUGAGUUUUCUCAGCUCUUUCCCCACCUCAGGAAACUCACAGUGGCAGAGAACCCUUUCAACUGUCUCUGCACUUUAGCCUGGUUCCCAAGAUGGCUGAGAGCCCAGAGUAUCACGCUGGAAAGAACAGAGGAGACCCGCUGCCAUUUCCCACCUAUUAAUGCUGGAAAAGUGCUGGAAAGACUUGAGCAUAGGGAUUUUGGCUGCCCUACCACAACUACAGUCACAACUAGUACAGUCAAAACUACUACUACCAUGCCUGUUCCAGUCACUACAUCAUUGGGUACUACUAGAGCAAUACCAUAUCCAAGAGCCAGUGACAAGCCUAUAGACAAAGAAGAUGACUCACCCCUACCUCCUGUUGCUGCUUCCCCAAGCAGCAGUAGCAUGGAUCCAGAGGACGGGCAACAUUUCUGCCCCUCUCACACAUGUCUGAAUGGGGGUACUUGUCGUUUAGAUGAGACUGGUCAAGUAGAGUGUACCUGUCUCCCUGGUACUUCUGGAAUAUUUUGUGAAAUCCAGAAAAAUGAUAUACCUCCCCCUCCUGAAAUUGAAAAUCCCAUGCCAACUGUCACUGUAGAUGUACCAGACAUCAGCUCACAUCAAUCAACACCAACUUCAAUCCUGCUAGAUCUUCAUCGCUACUUUGAAAUGCGGCCCAAAACCCGUGCGAUCCGCCUAACCUACCGCAAUCUCUCUGGACCAGAUCGAAGGCCAAUCCAACUCAAUUUACCAUCAUCCUACCCAGAGUAUGUACUCAGAGGUCUGAAGCCUAACUCCACUUAUACUGUGUGUGCCAGUCCACUAGGUGCUCCCAGUGGUAUUGAUCGUGUCUGCAUUGAGGCUCAUACAGCUCCUGAAAACAAUUUCUCACAGCAGCAGUAUACAGAGAAGGAACUGACUACCAUGCUAGUGCCUGCAAUUGCCAUCUUGCUUCUGCUGGUACUUAUAGCAGCAGCAGUAGGUGUCAUAUGCUAUCUCCGGAAGAAGAGGGCUAAGGGUCACCUAGACUUAGACUGUGAGCCUUCUCAGCUGGAGUUAGAUGGAGUUAAGGCUGCGGUGGACAAUGGGGCACUGCCUCAAAAACAGCCUCAGCUUAUGAUUCCCGAACCUGCUGUUCAGAACGGCAAUCUGGAGUAUGAGGUGUUACUGCUACAGGACCAUUGUACAUCAAAUAACAACAUGUCUUCACACAAGCCGUCUUACUUUUGACAAAUGUGCAAGAACUACUCAGAAAUAAAGGAGGAGGUUAAUUCCUCAGCUGUAUUUUUACCAUUGGUGAAAUACACAAACCAGCAACAAAUGC